GUCAUCUGCAAGGGUUGGCUGACUCUCCUGAACGGCAAACUUCUCCGUGGCGGCAGUCGCUAUUACUGGUUUGUCCUUACAUCUGAAACACUCUCGUGGUUCCGAGAUGAUGAGGAGAAGGACAAAAAGUAUGUGUUGCCACUGGAGGGUUUGAAGCAGCGUGGCGGCGAGUCUUCCUUCUUUUCACGUCGCCCCAAUAUCAGCCUCUUCUUCCCCGAUCCGAAGGCGAACGUGUACAAAGAGUUCAAGACUCUGGAUUUAGCCGCCGACACAGUCGAAUCGAUGGAGGCCUGGAAGGCCGCUCUGCUCCGAGUCGGCGUUUAUCCUGAACGGGUUGCCAAACCGGAAAAUGAAGAUGUGAGUUUUUUUUGGUAG